GAGGAAGAACAUGCUGCCAACAAUCCGGUUUCGAGGUGAACGAUGAGGCAAAGGCUAUACUGGAUGCAGAUUUCGCCAGUUUAUCAAGGAAAAAGUCCCCGACGUGCCUCCACCAAACGCUGAAGACGGUGCAACUGGAUGUUCAUUAAGCCCCUACAGAACAAAAGCUUGCACAAGUUGGUGAAAAGAUCAUAAACAACAUCUUAAAAUCUUCCUGAACUGGACAGGCUCGUGGUCCCCGGAGGGGAGGGGACAGCUAUGCCGGAGCUGGGAAAUUUUUGGACUAUAUAAGAUGGGGGCAACAGGCAAUGCCAAGGUCACUCUCCCCCAGUACUUUAAGCAUAAGUGACAGUGAGUGAGAAACAGAGGUGUGCUAAUGGAGAGAACUUCAAAAGUGCUUUUGGCCUCGGCAAUUCUUCUGCUUGUGGUGUUUCCUUCCGCCGUGGGAGGAAGAAAACUCAAAGAUGAGGUUGAGCAUCCCCAGAACUUCGUCGGCGGGAUUGGUUCCGGCAGUUUCUUCCCCAGCCCCGGUGGAGGUCUUGGGUUUGGGCUUGGACCAUCAGUCUUCUGCUCCUUCCCGGGGACCGGCUGUUCUCCUGUUGGGCCUACUUUCCCUGGUGGAUCUACUGGAUCUGGGCCUCUCACUCCCCUGACUCCACCAUGAAUGGGUGGGGUGGCUUCAGCCCCACCACCAUAACUUUGCGCAUUUGGGAUUUUCUACUUCUCGCAGUUUUUAGUUCUGUUUGUGGCUCUGUGCGUUCUAUAGUGUGGUUUUACCGUUUAGGCUUGGUGACUUUUGGAAUGUAUUAUGUCAUUAUGUGUGUGCGUUUGUUAUGGUAGUUCAAAAGAUGAGGCCGUCCUCCUCUGAAUUCUUACUAUGUAUUUUGUUUUGUGCUAGUUUUACUGUUGGGUUUCAUUUUCAUAUCCUCUCUUCCUUUGCCUCUUGUUUCCAAUCCCAACAACCUUUGGAUAAUAUAGACCCACAACUAUG